CAAUAUUGGAGAAACCAUAUUUUUCUAGUGCGGUUCUCAUAUAAUGGGGAUAAUAGGAAUAGUUGUGUCUUCAGGACCUAAAAUAAUGGACCACUCAAUCAACGUAUCAGUGCUAUUGUUGGUAUUGUUACUGUCGAUGUCUACUCUCGGAUCGGGUGUAUUGUCUUUGUCAACCGCUGGCGACAACUAUCCGGACAGCGAUCAGAUGUGUUCAGAGAUUGCCGAUACAUUUGUSUCAUGUCUUCUCUAUCGAUGGCAUUUACCGGAUCCGAUGCCUAUCGAUAUGUUUAAAAAUGAAACCGUAAUCAAACACCUGUGCUGUUAUACACUGGAAACUCAUUGUGUUUGUGAUUCUGUGAUGGUCGACUGUCCUGAAUAUCGGGACGAUUUUGAAUUACAUAAAAAUAAGUCACUGACCGGUUUGAUUAAAUGUGAUGUUUUGGGUCUAACCAAUCAACAUAUGUGUGCCGCACUUCAACCCAAACCGCUAACCGAUUACAGUCUUUGCCAGCGAUAUAUUCCGUGUCUUCCGUCAGUCAGUGCCGCCACAAGAGUACACCAAUUAAUAGUGAUUAUGGCAUACAGUCUAUCGGUUAUUAUAUUGAUUAUCAAAUAA